UCCCAAAGCAAAUUCUCUCUAUACAAAAACCACUCCUUAGCUAGCUCCUAUAAUUCAUCAAAAUGGCAUCAAACAAAUCCUUCACCACAACUUUACUUCUUAUUAUGACACUCAUGUCAAGCUUGAGCAUAGAAGCUCGCCAUCUUUUGCAAACAACAACACAACCAAAUUUGCCUAACAUUCCCACUUUGCCGACAACAUUGCCGCCUUUGCCUUCGAUUCCUCCAACAUUGCCUCAAGGAAAUCUUCCUCCAUUGCCUACCAUUCCAUCUCUUCCUAAGCUCACUAUGCCACCACUUCCUAGCUUUCCUACUACCAAUAUUCCAACACUUCCUUCUCUUAAUAUUCCACCAUUGUCAUCAGCCACUUCACUUCCCAACAUUCCCACAAUCCCAACCACUUUCCCCUCCUUCCCAUUUUUCUCACCACCACCUUCAACAUCUAGUCCUUAAACACUUCUUUAUCCUUCUUAUCUUUGCAUGCAAUAGACAUUAAUUGCAUAAUUCUUUUUAUUGUGUGUGAUGAGUGCGAGAGGUUAUGAUGAUAAUUGUAUCUUUGUUAUAUUGUACGGUUCUUUUUCCUAUACUUACCGGUUUGGAUUGCUUGUACUUUUGAAUUUAUAUUAUUGAUGUUGAAUUUAUAUAUA